AUGGCCGCCUCCCUCCCAGCCAAGUUGAAAAUCAAAGAAAUCACACCAUUCGCCGUCCGCGCCGCACAGCUUGAAAAACACAAGCCCAUCGUCUCGUACUGGUGCAACUACUACAUCAUCGACCAGAUCCUCUCCAAGGGUCUGCACUCGGCCGACGAUGAGUGCAUGCAAUACACGACGACCCUGAUGGACAAGCUCGAGCAGACCAAGACGGACCAGGCAGGAAACGAUGCCAUUGUCGACGACAUUGCCGCAAAGGCAUACAUUGAGCAGUUCGCUCUUGACACGUUCCAACGCGCCGACGAUGCCAUCCACUCCAACAAGGCCUCACGUCAGACCAUCGACACCUUCCAAGCCGCCGUGACCUUCUUCGAUCUGCUGUCCAUGUCCAUCUGGGCUCCAAUCGACCCCGAGAUUACGGCAAAGUCCAAGUACGCAAAGUUCCACGCCGUUCGCAUUGCCAAAGCCAUCAAGGCCGGCGAGGACCCAAACGAUUCGAAUCCCGUCAAAGAGGAAGAAGAACCCCCAGUAGCCUCUAUCCAAGACGCAUACCACCCUCCCACCGUCGAGAGCGCCCCUGAGAGCCAGUACCCUUCUCGUCCAGCAUCAGUCACUCAACCCGAUCCCAGUCACAUUGCUCCACCAUCUGUCCAAGACGCCGUCUCGCCCGUCGAAUCCACAAACCCACGCCAAAACUCCAUCGGUGGUGGCUACUUUCCUUCUGCCCCCACCUUUGCUUCAGAUCCUGCGCCAUCCGACGCGCCCUCCACCAAUCCAGGCACCCCCUUCAUACCCUCUGCGCCAACGCCAGCUGCUGUAGAUGCACCAGUCUCGCCAUCGCAAUAUUACACACAGCCUACACAACCACUUGCAUCAAUACCUAUGCAUACCCCUGCCGUCGUGCCGCCACCAGCCGCUGCUCCGGCGCCUCUUCCACCUGUGCAGGCUGUGGCUCCAGGUACCUACCGAACCGACGACGACUCCAUUACACUGGCCCAGAAGCACGCCAAAUGGGCCAUGUCAGCCCUGAAUUUUGAGGACGUUGACACCGCUGUCAAAGAGCUGAGGCUGGCUCUCCAGACAUUGGGUGCAACUUAG